CAGAGCUUGCUCCACAGUGAACACUGGGGUGGGUGCUCGGGCAUCAGAAAGUGCGGCGCACCCGAGAGGAACCCCGGCGAGGAAGGACCUCGCCCAGCGGCCCCGGGGCUGGGCCGGACCCCGCUCCCCGUUCCCCGCUCCCAGGGGAUGUGUUCCGAGAACCCGGCUAGGAAACCUCUUCCCCUGAGAACCAGGAAGUGAGGCCAGCACCCGGCAGAGAUGCUGGGGACGUGCAAAGCAUUGCUUCUCCAGGAGGGAAUUAGCUCGUUUCUCCUGCUUCCAAGCUCCCAGGAAGUUAGAAAGUCGAGAGGGGUUGUGGGGAUCAGGAAUAGAAGAUGAACAAACCAAUAACACCAUCAACAUAUGUACGCUGCCUCAAUGUUGGACUAAUUAGAAAGCUGUCAGAUUUUAUUGAUCCUCAAGAAGGAUGGAAGAAGUUAGCAGUAGCUAUUAAAAAACCAUCUGGUGAUGAUAGAUACAAUCAGUUUCACAUAAGGAGAUUUGAAGCAUUACUUCAAACUGGAAAAAGUCCCACCAGUGAAUUACUGUUUGACUGGGGCACUACAAAUUGCACAGUUGGUGAUCUUGUGGAUCUUUUGAUCCAAAAUGAGUUUUUUGCCCCUGCGAGUCUUUUGCUACCAGAUGCUGUUCCCAAAACUGUUAAAACACUGCCUUGUAAAGAAGCUGUAACAGUGGAGCAGAGUCAGAUGCCUCUCUAUGAUAAAGACAGGUCAUUUGUGAUACCUGUGCGGAAUCCUGAACAAAAUCAUAUGCCACCUGACUCCUCAAGUACAGAAAGUUUAGAAGUUAGUGAUACACGUUUUCACAGCUUUUCAUUUUAUGAGUUGAAGGAUGUCACAAAUAACUUUGAUGAACGCCCAAUUUCUGUCGGUGGCAACAAAAUGGGAGAGGGCGGAUUUGGAGUUGUUUAUAAAGGCUACGUGAACAACAGGACUGUGGCUGUGAAGAGGCUUGCAGCAGUGGUUGACAUUAGUACUGAAGAACUGAAACAACAGUUUGAUCAAGAAAUAAAAGUAAUGGCGAGGUGCCAACAUGAAAAUUUAGUAGAACUACUUGGUUUCUCGAGUGAUGGAGAUGACCUCUGCUUAGUAUAUGUUUACAUGCCUAAUGGUUCAUUGCUAGACAGACUGUCUUGCUUGGAUGAUACUCCACCACUUUCUUGGCACAUGAGAUGCAGGAUUUCUCAGGGUGCAGCUAAUGGCAUCAGUUUUUUACAUGAAAACCAUCAAAUUCAUAGAGAUAUUAAAAGUGCAAAUAUCUUACUAGAUGGAGACUUUACAGCCAAAAUAUCUGACUUUGGGCUUGCACGGGCUUCUGAGAAGUUUUCCCAGACAGUCAUGACUAGCAGAAUUGUGGGAACAACAGCUUAUAUGGCACCUGAGGCUUUGCGAGGAGAAAUAACACCCAAAUCUGACAUUUACAGCUUUGGUGUGGUUUUACUGGAAAUAAUAACUGGACUUCCAGCUGUGGAUGAACACCGGGAACCUCAGUUGUUGCUAGAUAUUAAAGAAGAAAUUGAAGAUGAAGAAAAGACAAUUGAAGAUUAUGUUGAUAAGAAGAUGAAUGACAUUGAUUUCACUUCCAUUGAAACUAUGUACUCUGUUGCCAGUCAAUGUCUGAAUGAAAAGAAAAAUAAGAGACCAGACAUUAAGAUGGUCCAACAGCUGCUGCAAGAAAUGAUGGCUUCUUAAAACUUUAGAAGAAUAGACUCUUGGCUUUUUAAUAUACAGCUAUCAAAACCAUUUUCUAGACUAAAUGUUCUGGUAAACAUUCUUUUUUACCUUUAACAAAGCAGCAUGAUGCAGUGUAGUGGUUAUUAAAGCUUAUGUAGAACCCCCAACAUACAGAACAAACAGAAGUAGAGCUGCCAUAUCAAUGCUUGGCCUGAACUUCUUAGUGUUACCCUCCAUUCAUGCAGUAAUCCCUUGAAACGUCUUCUUGGAACCUCACCAAACACAAUUAGAAAACUACAGGAUUAGCAAAAAAGAGGACUGGACUAUAGAAUGAAAAGGCCCAACUCCACUACUAAUUUUCUAUAAAGCUAUGGUCAAUUUCUUCGCUGCUUUGAGCUUGGUUUUUUUCACCUGUAGCAUUGGAUUAUACUUACUGUACCUCUCUGACAAGUAGUCAUGAAAAUCAAAGGAUGCAGAAUGUUUACAAAGUACUUAUAAAGUGAUAUAAAAUUUAAAUUUUAUAUAGAUGAUUAUAAAACUUUUACAGUCAUUUGUUUAUAGGGUCGUGUUCACAAUGAGCUCUUUUUUUAAUUUAUUUUUUUUAUUUUUAUUGAUUUCAGAGAGUGAGAGAGAGAGAGAAACAUCAAUGAUGAGAAAGAAUCAUUGAUCGGCUGCCUCCUGCACACCCCACACUGGGGAUCAAAACCACAACCCAAGCAUGUGCCCCAACUAGGAAUCGAACCAUGACCUCCUGGUUCAUAGGUUGAUGCUCAAACCACUGAGCCAUGCUGGCCAGGCCACAGUGAGCUCUUUUAAGCAAUUAUUCACCACAAGUCAAAUAUUCCCAGAUGAUAUUCCCAUGAUAUGGCCAUAAUUAGAUUAUGUUACAUAGCAAAGUUGAUGGAAUUUUGCAAUGCAGUUAAGGUUCCUAAUCAGCUGACUUUGAGUAUCAACAGGGACUGUGCUGGGGGGCCUGACCUAAGGUGAGCUCUUGUAAGAAGUCUGAGAGAUUCUCCUGUGGGCCUUGAAGAAGGAAGCUCCCGUGUUGUAAGAAGGCCACAUUGGCUAAGACCUAAGGGUGGCUUUCAGGAGAUGAGAGCUACCUUCUGGCUGGGACUUCAGAUCUAUAGCCACGAGAAACUGAAUUCUUCGAACAGCCUAAAUUAGCUUCGAAAAGUAUUCCAGACUUCAGAUGAUGCUGUAGACCCAACUAACACCAAAAUUCUGGCGGUGUGAGACCCUCAGCGAGUCUAGCUGUGCUGUGCCGGCACUUCCUACAUGCAGAACUGUGACAUAGUAAAUGAGGUGCUAUAAGCUACUAAGUCUAUGGCAAGUUAUUAUGCAGCUAUAGAAAAUGAAUGCAGAUAUUCCCUUGAUGAUUCUCCCAUGGUGAUAUACCGUCAUGUUCACAAAUUCAGCUCGUGCUCAAGGAGUUGAUAGGGAUUAAACAGUGUGUAUAUAUACCAAGGGGUUGCAGUGUACUGACUUUCACUGGAUUUCUCGAUUUUCCUCAGUCGCUUCUCUUUUGUUGUUUGCUCUACUACAGAGAGUGAGAAACCUCUGGAUAGUAGUGAUGAAUUGAUUUGUUUAAAUGACUUUUAAUAAUUUCUCCUAAGUUUAAAAUUUUCAAUUGGUUUACAUUAUUUGAAAAUUGAUUUUUCAGAUUUGAGUGAGCAGAAGGAAAUAAUUUACUUAAUGAUGAAAACUGGCUGAUAGAAAAGCUAAUAUGUAUAGAAGAAAUGCCGAGUGGCUGCAAUUAUUCACUCGUUCAUCCAGUAAGCUUUCUAUCUUUAGUUCUUUCAUUAACACACUCAGAACAAGAAUAUGUACAGUUAGCUACAGUAUAAAAUGCUCAUCCUCUAUAUUGUACCGUUUAGACCUUCCUAAAUGUUUUCCGGGGAAUCAAAAAUAACACAUCUUUCUAAUCACCUUGUUAGCUCAGUAUUUAAGCAGAAAGAAACAUUUGCUAGUUGAAAAGGGAAAAGAAAAAUAAGUAAAAUGACUUAAUUAAAUCAACUUCAAUGGGAACCCACAUAAUUUGAGGCUUGAUAUGAUACUGAACAUAAUUAUGUUAUUUUAAAAUAUAACUAUUUCUUGAAAUAAAAGCAUUUACAUAAAAUUACAUAUUUAUAUGUCUUAUUGUAAACUGUUACCAAACUAUACUCAAAUUUUUAGAAGAGUAAACUAUAUUUUUGAGUUUGAAAUUUUUGUGAUGUUAUUUGGUAGAUGUUUUCAUUCCAUCAAAUGGAAUUGAUAUCAGAUUUACCAAAAUUAGACAUAGCUCCCCCACAAUAAGACUGUACCUUAACUCUUUGGGCAGCAAUAAUACAGUAAAUCUAAGACUCAAAGUAUCACUACACUGUUUCAUAUUUUUGCCUGACGGCAUCUGAUGCAUCAUGGACCGCUGAACUUGUGUGAUUCACUCAGCUAUGGGACUGAGCAGCAGAGGGGUUGUCCUCAGCUCACACAUGAACAUGACUUUCACUAAAGUUCUGAGAAUAAUGUUCAGGCUAUUUGUACUGUUUCCCUCAGGCAGAAAUGAAAAAUGUGGGGUGACAUCUAGUUAAUGCUUUUUCUUAACUUCAUUUGGAAUACGCUUCCCCCUAAUUUUGUAUAGAAGCAGAAUAUUUUAAACAGAUUUUUGAAAAAAACUUUUGACAGGUUUUGCAAGUUUUGAUGUGAACUUUUAAUGUUUCCUCCAACAACUGAUUAUGCAAACCAAUGAGCAAUGACAAAAGUGGUUGAGAACCACCCACAGACCCCAUUUCCAGAAAGAAUAACUGUUUUUAUUCCCAUGUUUCUCACCCAUUGGUUUGCUAGUUAGCCAACUCAAAUUUUUAAAUUGUGUUUACCUCAAUAUGAGGAGCAAGCAGGUAAUAAGAACAAUUAGUCAGUGUUUUGCUUUAUUUUUCUAAUAUAUAAUUAAGAGAAAUUUAAGACAUUCUAAAGCAUUUAUGGCUCUGUCCACUUUUUGGUUCUGUAAAGAUAUAGUAAAAUGGCCAUAGGUCUCAGCCAUUUAUAUUGCUAUUAUUCACCUUCAAAAUCAGCAUAUAUUUUAUUUUUCCAGCUUUAUUGUGGUAUUCUUGACAAAUGAAAAUUGUAUAUAGCCUGGCCAGUGUGGCUCAGUAGUUGAGCAUAAACCUAUGAACUAGAAGGUCACAGUUCAAUCCCCAGUCAGGGCACAUGCCCAGAUUAUGGGCUCAAUCCCAGGGGGAGAGGGUGUGCAGGAGGCAGCCAAUUGAUGAUUCUCUCUCAUCAUUGAUGUUUCUUUCCAUCUCUUCUUCUCCCUUCCUCUCUGAAGUCAAUAAAGUAUAUAUACUUAAGGUAUUUAACUUGAUGGCUUAAUAUAUGUAUAAAUUGUGUAAUGAUUACCAUAGUCAAGCUAAUUAAUAAAUCCACUUCAUGUAGUUACAUUAUUAUUUUAUUUAUUUAUUUAUUUGGUAUAAUGAUAGAGGGAUUCGCUCAGCUAGGAAGCUUUAACAACACCCAAGCUAAAAAAUAUAUAUAAUUAAAAAGAAAAGACUAUCAGUAUAUAGUAUCAGGAAUGACUAGAAUAUACUUUAGCUUAGAGAAAAGAAAUAAAAACUUAAACUGAA